AUGCUGGCAGCGCCACCCUUCAACUAUCUGGACACUCUGGAUAAGGUUGACGAUGCCAUCGAGUCCAACGCUGAACUAGCACGCGCCAUAGUCCGCGUAGGUUUGGUCAAUUUUCAACCACAGGAUGUCACGCAAGGUAGCGAACCCGCAAUCCCUCCGCGAUGGAGGGGCUCCGCAAAACGUUUGGAUAUCGACAAGGCCCGUAGUACUCUCAGGCAGUUCUACCGGGACUGGACCGUCGAGGGCGCCUCGGAGCGCCAGAUUUGUUUUGGCCCAAUCUUCCGCGCCCUGGAAGCACAAAAGGAGUCAAGGCCAAAAGACGCGCCGCCCAUGAGGGUGCUUGUGCCUGGGGCAGGGCUGGGCCGCCUUGUCUUUGAGCUCUGCGCCAAAGGGUACGUCGCUGAAGGCAAUGAGAUAUCUUACCAUCAGCUACUGGCCUCGUCUUAUAUCCUAAACUGUGUCGAAAAGCCAGGGCAACACACUAUCUUCCCCUGGAUUCACACUUUCUCCAACCAUUCGACGCGGGAUAACCACCUGCGAAGCUAUGCCGUCCCAGACGUGCACUGUGCAGCCGAACUGACACGGUUGGAAAACGAGGGAGUCGCCAGUGGAGAAAUGAGCAUGACUGCUGCUGAUUUCCUAUGCCUUUACACUGAAGACUACCAAGCCGAAGCAUGGGAUGCGGUAGCUUGUGUCUUCUUCCUCGACACCGCCCCGAACCUGAUUCGAUACCUUGAAACCAUCUUUUACUGUCUAAAACCUGGCGGCCUGCUCAUCAACCACGGUCCGUUGCUCUGGCACUUCGAGAACAAUGCGCCUGGCGCACAUGGGCAUGACGACGAUGAGAACGAUUAUGAUACCACCGGGAUUGCGGACCCCGGCAGCUUUGAACUCUCUGAUGACGAGGUUAUGGCGCUGGUUGCAAAGGUCGGAUUCGAAAUCGUCUCGCGCGAGAUCGGCGUCGAAUCACCCUAUCUUUUGGACCAGGAGUCUAUGCUGCAAACAGUGUAUAAGGCGAGUUCAUGGGUGGCACGCAAACCACAUACCACCGCAUAG